AACCGAAAACAUAACGAAGCUCCAGUGAACGAACACCAGUGUUGGCUAACAAUGCGCACAACUUUCAGCCGUGAGCCAAUGUUCAUAUUGCUGAGCAGCAGAUACAAUUACGUCCAACACAAGGAGGUGAUCACCUGAGCCAAAGUCUCUAGCAAACCAAAAAACAGUAUAAAGUUCCAGUUAAAGGGUCAUAUAAUCCACACAUCCCAGUGAUCAGUGACCAAAGAUCUGUAAUCUGCAAAGAGUGACUGUAACCAUGUCGUCGGAUACAAAUUCGUGCGCCAGCUUCUUUGCACAGGAGCAUGCGAAUGCCACACUGUCGCAGUAUUUUCAGCAGCUCAACUCUCAGGUGGCUGCCGCUGCGGCAGUGGCGAAUGGCGGCGGUGGAGGCGGAGGAUCCAACAACAACAGCAGCAGUAGCAGCAGCGGUAACAGCAGCAGUGGCAACAACAGCAGCGGCAACAGCGACAGUGGCAACGAUGGCAGCCUCACGGGAUCCACGGGAACACUGGAUAAUCAUCGCAGCAGCGUCAGCAGCAACGACUCGGGCAAGAGCAGUGCAGGAGGCGGUGGUGGCGGCGCCAGUGCCAUCACCAGUGGCGUAAACGCCUGGGCAAUGCAACAACAGCAACAGACGGCAGCCUUGCACCAUCACCAGCAGCAGCAACAACAACAGCAGCAGCAGCAACAGCAACACUUGCAACAGCAGCAGCAGGCGCAUGCACACCAGCAACAUGCUGCCGCUGUGGCUGCCGCGCACAUCCAGCAGCAACAACAACACACACAUCACGCUCAACAGCAUGCCGUCGCACAGCAACAGCAGCAUCAGCACCAUCCCCAUGGACCGCCCCAUGGCCACCCACCACUAACCCACUCGCACCCGCAUCACACCCACCCGCAGCAACAGCAGCAGCAACAACACCAUCACCAUCAGCAGCAGCAGCAGCAACAUGCCCAACAGCAGCAACAUCAUGCCGCCCAACAGUCCCACAACCUGUCCUCCGCAGCGGCAGCCCCCUCCCCCAACAACAACAAUAACAGCGCAGUUGGCAGUGGCAGUGGCAGCACCCACUCCAUAUUUGGAAGCGGAAAUUUCCACUACAAAAGCAACAACUCCUGGACCCUGCCGACGCUCAGCUACCAGCGGAUCUACCAGGAUAAUCCCCACUACCAGCGAAACUCCUUCAUGGAUCCCCAGGGGAAUGCAGCGGCAGCAGCAGCAGCAGUAGCCGCUGCCGGUUGCAAUGUGGCAGCUGCAGCUGUGGCCGCGGCUGCGAAUGUUGCAAGCGGUGGUCAGGGCGGCGUUAAUACCGCAUCCAACAACAAUCCAACAGCGGGAGCAAACCCCAACAGCAAUGCGGCUGGCAAUCCCAGUCAGAAUAGUGUCAACAGCAACAAUAACAACAACAGCACCAACAAUAACAACAAUAACGCGUCCUCUGUGGAGCAUGUGGCAAAUGCAGUGGCAGCGGCAGUGAUCGUCAACGAGCAUCAGAACCAUUUGAAUAGCCUCAAGGCGAGAUUUCAGCCAUCCAGCUCAGGCAGGAAAUCUCCAUUUUUGGGUUUUAUUUGCAAAGCAAACGGCAAAUCCACAUCGAAUAGCAAAGAAAUCAUCUGUCCCGAUGACAAGUAUAAGGAGGAGGGCGACAUCUGGAAUGUCGAGGCACAGACGGCGUUUCUUGGCCCAAACCUUUGGGACAAGACACUGCCCUACGAUGCCGACCUCAAGGUAACACAAUACGCCGACUUAGAUGAAUUCCUGUCGGAGAACAACAUACCUGAUGGCCUGCCCGGCACACACUUGGGACACUCAAGUGGUCUGGGCCACCGUUCCGAUUCGUUGGGGCAUGCAGCGGGCCUGUCGCUCGGCCUGGGCCACAUAACCACAAAGCGGGAACGGUCGCCAUCGCCAUCCGAUUGCAUUAGUCCCGACACGCUAAAUCCGCCAUCGCCGGCCGAGUCAACAUUUUCGUUUGCAUCAUCGGGCCGUGACUUUGAUCCGCGCACCCGAGCAUUCUCCGACGAGGAGCUCAAGCCCCAGCCGAUGAUCAAAAAGUCACGCAAACAAUUCGUUCCAGAUGAGCUCAAGGACGACAAGUACUGGGCCCGUCGUCGAAAGAACAAUAUUGCGGCGAAGCGAUCCCGCGAUGCCCGGCGCCAGAAGGAGAAUCAAAUUGCGAUGCGAGCACGCUAUUUGGAGAAGGAAAAUGCAACAUUACAUCAGGAGGUGGAGCAGUUGAAACAGGAGAACAUGGACUUGCGUGCACGUCUAUCGAAAUUCCAAGAUGUGUAAUGAUAAAUACAAUUUUGUGACUUGGCCUGAGGACACCACAACAAUUAAAUAAUGAUAAUUGAUAAAUGAUUAAUGAUAAAAUAACAAUAAUCAUACGCGUAAUUAUGAUAAAACCACUACUAAUAAUGUUUAGUAAAAGCAGACAUGAAACCUACACUAAAUAUAAUAUACAUUAUAUACAUAAAUAAAUAUAUACAUCUAAAUACAGAAAUAUAUAUUAGUAAGCAAACACACACACACACACACCCCACAGACACAGACACAGACACACAAAUACCUAGAGAGCAGCGGAGAGCUCCGCUGACAAGUAACAAGAAGAACAAGUAAAAACUAAAACUAAAUUUCAACUAAACAUUUUUUAGAGUAGCCAAAAGAAAGGCAGCGUCGUGUUUCAAGCAGAGGGGCGCAAGCUGCGUAGCCGCAGAUUUUAUUCUUUACUGAUGCCUACUUCUGAUCACACUACACACAGACGCGCAGAAACAGUCACACAAACAGACACACAGUCAAGCAUAGAUCCCGAUCCUAAAAUUGUUACAUUUUAAAUUGUUUGAUAGUUUUGUAGCCUAGUUGUAUGCAAAUAUUUUCUCCUGCUUUCGUCUUCUACUUUCUCCAAGUCCCCUUCCUCUACUUUUUUCCUAUUCAUAUGUUUUUUGUAAUUAGUUUUUCGGUUAAGUUUUACUCUAUAAAUAAAAGGAGAACAGAACCCUCACAGUAACGACACGCACCAACAAAACCAUAUUGUAAAUAAUUUCGUUUCCUUUUUUUAAAUUCAAACUUAAAACGAAAGCAUAAGCAAAACACAAAAACAAAAACCACAAAAAGCCUAAGAAAAACUUGUAAAAAGAAUUGCAAAAUGAAAAUCCACAAAAAAAGGAGAACACAAAAACAAAAGCUAAGAGAAAAACCAUUUAGAAAUGAGCAAAGAACUUCCCUCCUCAGUUGCCGGGCACUUGGCAGCUGUUUAGUUGUUAAGUGAGCUAUGAUUUUUAUAUAAACCUAAACAAAGAAAAAACAUAAAAACGCAAUCCAAAAAAUUGAAAAAAAAAAAAAGGAAGAAAGUGCAACACAGAGAGAGAGACACAGACAGACAGACAGACACGACAGGGACGGACAGAACUAGUGCAAAAAGAAAAUAAAAAAAAACACUAGAAAUGAAAAUAGUUUUCGUUGUUAAUUUGUUGAUACUACAGUAACCUCUAUCCCCCAGAGCUAACCCAGACAUAGUCAGCUGGUUAUUCAUAGAGAGGGAGUCCUGUACUCUCGUACUACCUACUAAUACAUGCGCAUCUUCAUCGCCCCUCAUCCAUCCCCCACCCCUACUUCACGUAAUUUUUCAUUACUUUUUCUUUUAGUUUGUAAACAGUUUUAUUCGAUUGUACAAGAAAAAUAAAUACUAUUUCUUUUGGUGUGAUUUGCAAGAUCUUAAACAACAAAUAUAUAAAACAAAACAGUUUUUGUGUAAACAAUUAAUUACGUAUGUUACGAUAAACAAGCAAAAACAAAACAAUUUCCUAGUUAAGUUUAUUAAAUAUUAUUAUUAUUAUUAUUUGUUAUACCUUUGAGUUACAUUUACCUGCAUACAAAAUAUCUAGAGACCUAAGCAAAUAUAUGAAAAAUCAACAAAAAAAAAACAACAGUUAAAAAGAGCAAACGAAAGUUAAGUUUUAUAUUCAGCAAAGAUAGAAACGGACGCUUAAAUGGGAAGCAGCGGAAAUCUUAUUAAGUUCCAUUAAGCACUUUUUCUUUAAAAAUUUCAAUAAGUUUUAUUUAUUCUAUUGAGAAAUGUGCAAAACCCUUUUAAAGAAACAAGAACAAGAACAACAACAAACAAAAGCAAGAUUGAGCAUAACAAAAAGCAAAGAGAAAACAACAUUUGAGUAACAAUAAAAAUCGAAGCGUUGCUUUUAAA